GGGUGCCGGAGAGUGCCGUUGCCGCCAUAGGUGGAGGUUGCACCGGAGCACGUCGGGAUCACAGCUGUGAUCAUUUAGCAGCUCCCCUGGCUGCGCCGGUCCGCGUGACGCACAAGAGGACGAAGUGCACCGCGCACCGCGACUUCGCGGAGUCAGUCACGUUGGAUGUUCGAGCCAGUGGCGGCGGAGGGAGGAAGAGGAGGAGGAGGAGGAGGAGGAGGAGGCACCACCACCACCAAGUUGAGAUGCUGCGGGAGCGCGUGUGAAGGAGGAUGCUGCCGCCUCGCAGUUGCUCCGGUGGUGUGACAAGUUUGGACAGAGAGUCUCGGAGAGGAGCGUGCUCGUCGGUGUGGGAUUUAUUUCCUUGAAAAAAAGCAAUAGGACGGUGGGGGGGAAAAGAAAGAAGGAAAAAAAGGAAAAGGUUCAAGUGGACAUAGUUUUUGUGCCGCGAAGAGAUUUGAUGUCGUUGUGAGAGGAGCGAACAAAGCGCGCGCCGCGCAGCCUCAACACUGGGUAAACAGAUAUGACGUGGUCUCCAUGAGAAAACGAUAGAAUUGCAAACCUCGGAUGAAUUCUGGAAGGCGAUCGAUUACAAUUGUGAUUUCACGGAGAACGCGCGGGGGUCGGACCCGUGCAGGAAUUAGAGCAUCGAUCUGCCCGGCUGCGCGUAAUGGGAGAAAAGUUUCGGAACCUUGCAGAGGAUCAGACGCACUCGCAGCAUCCCGCCGCCGCCGAGGACGACGCGCAUGUAAAUAUCAUGUGAAUCCCCGCUCUUCCACCUCCUGCUGUUGUCUGAGGCAGAGCCAAGUUUGAAAGGGAUUUUCCAGCUGUCCAGUAUGACUUGAAACUGUCGGCGGAACUCGCGUCGAUCCAGUUGACGAUCCAUCCAAAGGCGCGCAGACGGACAUUGGUGAUCUCUAGAGAGGAUUUCUGCAGCAGCGGUGCAGUGACAGUCUGAUCCCAGUUUUAAAGACAGGUCCACCCCCCCCCCCCCCACCCCCCCCACUGGAUGUCUACGAUGUUGUGCCAGCUCGGACAGAGGUGUGUGAUGGAGGUGCUGGUGCUGACCGUCCUGUCCUGGGUGACCGUGUGGGCCGAGGAGAAGAUCAUAUUCGACAGACACGCGGUCUACUGGAACAGCUCCAACCCCAAGUUCUGGCACGGAGAGUACAGGGUGGCGGUGAACAUCAACGACUACCUGGACAUCUACUGUCCGUACUACGAGGGCCCUCCGUCCCACGGGCGCAUGGAGCGCUACAUCCUCUUCAUGGUCAACCAGGAGGGCUACACCUCCUGCCAGCACAGGAUGCGCGGCUUCAAGCGCUGGGAGUGCAACCGCCCCAGCGGUCCCGACGGACCCCUGCGCUUCUCGGAGAAGUUCCAGCUCUUCACUCCCUUCUCCCUGGGCUUUGAGUUCAGGCCCGGACACGAGUACUACUACAUCUCGUCUCCUCACCCGAACCAUGUGGGGCGGGCAUGUCUAAAGCUGAAGGUGUACGUCAGACCUCCAGAUGGGUCGGGAUACGAUUCUCCGGAGCCCUUCCUGACUGACGGAGGGCCGAGCUGGAGGCCAGGGUCCACGGCCCUGUUAGCUGUUCUGGCCUCACUGGGACUCCUCUCCUGGCUGUGAUCGCUCUCCCCUUCUACCUGGAGCUCCCACCCAGGGUUGCUGAGCUGGGCUGGCUGUCCCUCUAAAUCCAUCACCCCUCAGGGAAGCCCUCUGUCUCCGUCCCCCCCUCUCCCACCUCCACCUCUAUACAACAACCACCAACCACCCCCACUGCCAGCCCCCCCUAAUGGCCCAGCCAUGGACACCCUUACCAGGCCUGGCUGAGAGGACUGGGUCCGGAGCUGUCUGGGAAUCUGCUCUUCAUCACUGAUCCCCCAAAUUCUGGGUGGGACAGCACCUCUCAGCUGAAAAACACAAGGGAGGUGUCUCUGCACUCAUGUCAGGGGGUCCUUUUGAUUUGACUAUUGACUCUUAGCCACUGAUGGGGUAGAAAUAGCCGUGGCUAUGAUUAAACUUGUCGAGUGCAAUUCCUAUCAUCCAAUCACGGCAGGAUGCAUUUAGCGAUAGGCCUGGAUGCACAAAAAUUGGAUUUUGCACACAUUGCUAUCCCAUCCUCACACCAAGAAUUGGAAGUGGCCAAGCUUGCAUUGUAAUUGGAAUUCUAUACUAUCUGGAUGAAUUCCAGCUACAACGAGGAAAAGAGCAGAUGUAUAGAGAUGGAGAGGAAGAAAAUAGAAAACAACGGGAAAAACAAAAAACGAACGGGCACAGAUUUAAAUAUGGGAAAUGUAAUAUUGUAUGUGUUGAUAUUUUCAGACCCAGUGUACAUUCACAGCAAUGUGAUAUAAAAGUCAUAGAGAUUGAUUUUUUAUGAGACGCUCAGAUAUCAUAUUAUAAUGACAAGUAUAACCAUAGCCUGUUUCCGUAGGAGGGUUGGGUGUGUGUGUGUGUGUGUGUGAGAGAGAGGGUUUUCUGGGUGGGUUUUUGGCGAGGUGUACAUUUUCAGGUGGGAUGUGUUUCGUCUUCAUGUUUCUAAACAAAAGCAUUUAUCACAGCCUGGCCAGCACAGGCGUCUUCUGCACUGUCUAAUGUCGACUGGGUCGGGUGACUUUUGGAACCAUGUCUUUCUCAUGUAUGAAUGUACCACUGGUCACCCACCUCUUUUGUCUUUCUGUAUUUCUUUGACUGUGGUCACUUACUGUACCUUCUCUCGGACUUGCAGGAUAAAUGGGUCGGGGA